UACCGGAAAUCGAAGUGGAAGAUAAUCUGUGAAAUAUAAAUAGGCUGGGGUGUCAUAUGUAACUUCAUGUUGAGGACCAGCUCCGAUCAAUGGUAUUAUUGGAUCAGCCUACGAUCGUGAUCAGGAAUGCGAUAGAAGACUUUGCUCAGAACAUGUCGCAUUUACGUUUUUUACCGACGCGAUGGAAUGGUGUUGACAUAGAGAAGUACAAAUUUACAAGCAAACCACAGCUGCGAGAGUAUCAAAAUGCACAAUUUGUCGGCUCUGUCUGCCUGCAGUCGCGGAAAAGGACGACUAGCGAACCUGGACUUUGGACACAAGCUAGAGACACUUCGUAUAUCCCGGGCCAUUCUCUAAGAGCCGGAUGUUUUCCGGAAAAGCCGAAAAGAGAAAAUGCGUUAGUCCAUAAUAAGUCGGAACCGGAAUUCAAACGGGCUUGA